GUGAUAAUCAACCGGUGAGUACAUUAUCAUUGAAAAUAGUACCCGGAUUAUUAAAGUCAGACUAAAGAAAAGUGCAUGUACCUUGCCGUGGCGUUGAUUAUAAUUAUAGCGAGUUUGGUCAGGCUGCAAGUAAGUCGGAUUUUGAAUUAUUGGAUUCUUAUUUAUCCUUACAACACAAUUUCUACUCUGUAUCCGCAAUGGGCGUUCCAAAAAUGCUGGUUAUGGCAAUAAGCAUCGUAGGGGCGAUGGCGUUUAUCCCCCAUGGUUCUAUUGGGGUAAAGGAGCAUAUGCUGACCGAAGCAUUGCUUCGUGAGGUUGUUGAGCGCAUGGGUAAAGACUUCAACGACGCAGCCUCAACGUAUCUUGAUUUUCCAAAUGACAGACAUCUUUCCUUAAUGUCCCGAGCUAAUAAGGAAGUGGAGCACGAACAACUGGACUACGAUUCUUUAAUUGAUGGUAAUCCUAACCCCAGCCUCCGCGAUCAAGAAUACUUGCAGCACAGUUCGUUAUGGGGUCAUCAAUAUGUUACUGGAGGUGCUGGGGAAGGUGAACAGCGUCUCCAGCCAUCAGGUCUAGUGGCAAAUCGACAACUUAUAAAAACCGAUGCAGUCUUACCCGCAUACUGUAACCCUCCUAAUCCGUGUCCCGUCGGUUAUAACGAAGAUCAAGGUUGCAUCAAUGACUUUGAGAACACCGCUGCUUUUAGCCGCGAAUAUCAGCUCUCUCAGCGUUGCAUGUGCGACGGUGAACACAUGUUUAGCUGUCCUCCAGAGAAUCCCUCAGAUCUUGAUUUGCGUUUUCCUGAUCACCACAAAAAUUUGGUGGCCAAAAAAUACAAGGAAGAUGUGGAAAACCCGUAUCUUCAGGGCGAACGCCUUCCCAUAGCAGCCAAAAAGGGUUUCGAUGUUCACGUUUACUAAGCAUAACCUAUACUUGCAUUCUCUUAUUACAUUUAAAGGUAUCUUAAAGAUAAUAUAAACAUAUAAAAACGUAAUCUCUUAUCAUCUUGACAUUGCAACCUCAUAAUGAAGGUUCGGUUUGGUAUUCGAUUGUUAUGGUAAUGUUAAACAUCUCAGAGGUCGAACACUUUAUGAUAUUGUUAAUACUUAUAAUUGUUUCAGAGGAUCAGAUUUUUUUAAGUUAUUAUUUUUUAAAUAAUUUUUUUUAUCUUAUCUACAGGAAACAAAUUUUUUUCGAUGGUUUUUAAAAAACGCUUAAAUUGAAGCUGUGAAAUGCGUUUAGAUGUAAAGAUAUUGUUUGUCUCUCGUUAGAGGUAAGUUGUACAUUGAAAAACUUAAGUGUCAGCGACCAAACACAUGAACGCGAGUAGUAAUUAAUAUUUAAUAUUUGCGGGAGUAAAUAGCAAAACCAUGUAUAGGACAUCUUAAUAUGACCCCGUUAUAGUUGAUAAAGCUUUAGAUAGGGCCAUUUAAUUUAAGACAUAUUUUUUCUAUUUUAAUACGUUAUUAAAAUUUAUUUUUAUAAAAACCAAUGUGCUUUGUGGUAGUUUCAUAGUUCAGGUAGACAUGUAGAAUUUUUAUUUAAUUGUAAGAAUCUUACUUAUUGAAGAAUAUUUUUAGUACAUACACAUAUAUAUCUAUAUAUAAAUAUUGUAUUGGUAUAUACGUACUUGUUUUGUACAUUCAGAAAAUGGCGGAGCGUCUCGAAAUACUUAAACGUUCAACAAAUGUAUGACUUCUUAAUGUAUAAAAUUACGAUAAUUAAAAAAAAAACAAAAUUCUUAAAGAUAAAUAGUAUUUUUGCUUUGUUUCUUGGCUUAAGAGCAGUAAGUACAUUUCGUUUUAUAUUUCUUAUAUAUAUGUUCACUGAAUAUUUUAUACAUGAAAUAAUUAAAACAAAAAGUUUUUUCUUACUAUCAAAUUAAUAAUAUCUUACUGUUACUAAAUGUGAACUCAUAUAUAUCAUUAUUUUAAUAAAUAAUAAAAUAAAAAAAAAAAACAUACAAAAACCUAAACAAAAACUGUAUUUAAACAAGUUUAUUAUAUUUAUAGUAUUAAAAUUUUUAAGGAGAAUAAUUACGGUGAAUAGGAAAUUGAAUAACAGUAAAGACAAGAAAACCUCAUAGCUCUAUAAUUAGAUAAAUGUAAGUUGACAUAUAUAGUGAUACAUACAAUGUUGCUGAAAGAGAAAUCAGUACAUACACAAUUAUCAAAAUAGUCCCAAAGGUCUUCCUUAGGUCGGAUAAUGAAAUUUAUAUGUAUAUAAUUAAAACUGUUAAUAUUUUACUUGUAUUAAUUUUAAAUGCAUCUUAUUAUACUGGAAACGUUAAUCAAAUGUAACGUUUAAUAAAUUUAAGUUUAAAAAACCACUCUUCUCAUUUGACAAAUUGUAUAAAAUGUGAAAUUCACAACAAUACCGAUAAAAAUUUUGGCUUACAACUAUCUUUAAAGUAAAUAUUAUAGUACAUAUAAUGUUUAAAUUUUAUAAAUAUUUUUUUUUCUUUAGUCAUAAUAUACAUAUAUAGUAUAAAGUAUAACAAAAUAUGCUCUACAAUAUUGUGAUAUGUCGCUAAGAUUAGCUUAGAUAGUGUACAUUGAAAGUCGAAGUAUGAAAAAUUCUAGUCAAAAACGUAGUGUGUACAUAUUUAGUCUAGUAGAUUUUUAAGUAUUAUAAUAAGGUGAUAGUCGAUAUAAAAACGUGUUCGUUUCCGUCGCGCGGCCAUGAUAAUUUACAAAAUCUAAAUGCUAUCUACAUUAAUUCUACUCCUAAUUUAAAAUAUAAUUUUCACAGAAGAAAAACGUAACUAUAAAAACCCUAAAGAAAUUAAAUGUUAUAUGAAACAAAUUACAAUCUAAGAAUGACACAAUAUAUCUCGUCUCAUACUUUUGUUUAGAACUCAAAGAAAACUGGAUAACUUAAUCCCAAAAAAAAAAAAAAAAAAUUUUCCAUCACUUAAUAAUUUCGAGUAUUUUUUCGUCAUACAAUUAGAUUAUUUCAAAUUAUUUUAUUUUGGUUUAAGUUAUUUAAUACAUAUUAAGAAUAUUUAAAUAUAAUUUCAAAUGUUAAUCUCGUGUAUUGGUUAGUUGAAUUGUAAUUUAAUCCAACAUCAAAUAAAAAAACAUAUGAAAACAUUAACAAUAUUAUAGAUUCGAAUCAAAAGAAAAAACAAAUAUGAAAUUUUUAUCGAAAUCUAUAAGAAAUAAAAAAAUAUUUUUAGCUCACAUUAUUGUUAAGUCAGAGUCACCUAGUUCCUAGGCCAAAAGGAAAAGUUUCUUAAAAUAUAAAUUAAAUACUUCAACAGAUAACAGCCAUUCGUUUAUUUAUUAUUAUAUUUGUUUCGUAAAUUAAAUGCGCAUAUAUAAAUAAAAUGGAAAAUAAAAACUAUUAAUGAUUUAAAUCUAUAUCCGCUUCGCCACAAUCACUGAAAUUUCAUUUAAUUAAUUUUGUUUCGAUUGUAAAUAUCGUAUAUUAUAUGCGAAUAUAAGAUAGAAACUAUAUCAUGUGAAAAGAAAAAGACAGGAAUACAAACAUCUUUUGAAAAUGAAAACAAAAGUAACAUUCAUAUUUCAACGCCUAUUCAAAAGAUAUCAAUAAUUCUAAAUUCAAAUCGUUUCAGACGUCAAAAUUCUGUUUUUGACAGUUUUUUUAUGAUUUCUGGCGUACUUUUUUGGCACAAACAUGAUAUCAUAAAAUCUACUGGAAAUUAAACGACUAAUUAAUUAACCACAAUACCUCGAUCCAACAACAAAAUAUUUAUAGUAUUUGUAAGAAAGUAAUAUUAAUAUAUAGAACAAUACAUUAAGAUUUUUCUAGCCACAUGUAAUUUUUUUUUUUACACUCGACUGAAAUUUUACAAAUUUCAAAUUCAUAUCUCUUACUUAACUUUUAAUCUAAUACUUUUUCUCUUAUUUGUAAAAUUUUGUUUAUAUAUGUAACUGUUAUGUGAAAAUUGUAUGUUGUUAAAGAAAAAUCAUUUACACGUGGCAAGAAAAUGAAUAUAUUUUUGUAAAAAAAAAAAAAUUAUAAUAAAGAAAAUAAAGAUAAAAAUUGUACAUACAUGAAUAAUUAAUUGUACACGUAGGUUACUUGAAAAGCGCACGAGGCUCAUCUAAGCUGGAGCUAGAUCUUUAAAUACUCUUACAAGAGAGUGCUAAGUUUUUUGUAAUAUGUAGUUAUAGUCACAUUGUAAAAAGCGUGAGAUAUAGCAACUCUUGAAAAGGCUAACAAAAAGCUAGAUACCAAAGAAAUUUUAGUUUGCGAGGGUUGAAUGACCAAAAGUAUAUCUCUUAUACAAUAUUAAUAUAACAUUUCAUAACUAUUCAGUUAACAAAAUAUCGUUCAUAAUAUAUUUUGUUUCAUUUUUAAAACGUAACUUUUAAAGUUUAAAAGUGUUAGUUUGUGUUUAUGACCUUUUUAAAAACUUAUUUAAGCCUUAUCGCGCCCUGUAUAUUUUCAUGUAAUCUAAUUUAUUAAGUAAUUAUUAACCCUAUAAAUAAUUUUGUGUAGGUUUCGCAUGAAAACGAAAAUUUGUGAAUUAGUCUGUUGUCAAUUUUAUUUCAAAUUUCAAUAAGGGCUGUAUUUUUGUCAGAUGUGUCUUUCAUCCCUCGUGUUUUAGAUAAAUCUUUAUCGUUAAUCUAUAUAAUAAGGAUUCCUACAAAAUGGCGGGAUAAUUAGGGAAGAUUGGAAUACUAGAUGUUUAAAUUAAACUUAAUUAAAGAAUAUUUUUAUAAUAUAGUAAGUACGGUAUUGUAUAUUAUUGUAAAAUAAGACAAGCUUGUAGUUGCAGAAUUAUUUUUAUAUUUGGGACACAAACAUUUUUUAUUUGUUAUUUAUUAGUCGCAAGGAUAUUUUUUCCAUUUAUUUCGUUAGGUUAUUUUUAUAACUAUGUAAAAUAUUGAUUAUUGCUAUGGAUGCUUAGUGGAGAAUCGUAGAAUAUUCUAAAAUAUCUAGCUCAGGGAGUAUUAAACACCCAGGGACAAACCUCCUAAUAAUCAAGACUAAUAAAGAUUGCCUAUGCCCGAAUAGCGUAAAAAAACAUUUUAUACAUUUCAACCAGGCUAUUGAAAGAUAAAAAGUAUCUUUUCGUGAUCAAAUUUAACUUUUCUGUUGGUUAUUUUUUUAUAUCUGAAAACCCGUAUUGUUCUGUUCCUUUAAAGAUAUAUGAUAAUUAUAUAUAAACUGAAGAACAUGUUUUCUUUAUGAGUUAACAUGUUAAUGUAAACUAAUUAAGCAUAUUAAGAAAAUGUACAAAUAAUAUAGACAUACAAUGACAAGUGAAUUAUGAAGUUUAAGAAAAACCUGGGCUUCGGCUUGCUGUACAUAAAUAUAAGGAUAUAUCUGUCUUAGUGCCGUAGCAGUAAAACUUUUUUACGUUAUCAAUUAAUUUACACUGAUUUAUUUACAGUAUUUUUUUCACUUUAUCUUCAAUAUAUUUUUAAUGGGCUAUUUAUUUAAUUUCUUUAAGUUUUUCUAUGCCACUAUACGUUUAGACCUAUUACUAGUAAAUGCUUUUCAACGGUUUAAUAUACAUAUAAUUUUUCAUUAUUUAUUAGUCGUACCAAUAAAAUUAAGAAUAAAAAUCUAAGUUUAAAUUGUAGGUUGCGUUAAUCAGUCAGAGCCAAUGUAAAUAUAAAAAAAUCUCUUAAUUUUAUCGUAUGGUUUUUUUAAAUAAGAUAAUAUUAAAAAUGGAAAAAAUAUACUUUUAUGUUAGAAUCAUGUAAAAAGAUAUAUAUUUAUUCCGAUCGUGGCUUUUUAAAUGUUAUUCAUGUAUAAAUAAACGUAGAAGAGUAGAGGAUUGUACAAUUAUUUGAUGUGACUACCGCAGGCAAAAUAACUUAUAAGGAAAGCCUGGGCUGCGGCUUACAGUGCAUAGACUUAAGUUUAUUUAAGGUUAAAUUUUACGCAAUUUUAUGAAAUUCUUAUAAUUACUUGUAAUUUUUGCAUCAUUUAGAUUCAGUUAUCAUUAGAUUCGUUUUCAACUAAUCAUAAAGUGUUGAUAUUCAUUGUUUGUGAGUUAAGAUGGCAAAGUUCGGAGGUAUGUCAAUGAGGUUGCAAUGUCACUAAUUUUCAAUUUCUAUUCAAAUUAAACCUAUAUUCGGUGUAA